AUGGCGGCCAUGAUGGGUCCCGACAUGAUGGUCGGAUCGACUACCAAUGCUUUCGAUCAUUCAACCACCGCUUCCGAUAUUACCAACAAGACUCCCCGAUCUCAAAUUCCGCUGCCGAAUCCGCCCUUCGUCUUCCCUGCCAAACCGGCUUCUUCAGCGCCCUCGUACUCCCGCGCGACUGGAAGACGCCCGCACUCCGCUAUCGAGCCACAGCUCCCGAGCUUUUCUCUUGGUGCUGAUAUCGAGAAGCCUGUGUCCAGAUCACCUGCGCUUCCGGUCCUUCCCGCCUUCUCAUUCAACCCAGGGAACCCCUUACCUGCAGCAGCGCUCACCGAGAGCUCGUUUCUCAGCCCUACUCUUCCUCCAUCGGCCCCUUCUUCGCCAAGGGCAAUUCCAACUCGGCCCGGAGGCCAUGGUCAUCGCAGGGGAGGUAGCGAGUUUGUAGGAGGCAGCAUUCGUGGUGGGGAUUCGAUUACGGUCAACUUGGGUUCUAGUCCUACCAAGUCAGAAAGUGGCUUGGCUUCUCCCUUGUUGCAACCAAAGAAGUCUGCGGGCCGCAGAGGCCAUGCUCAUCGCAGAUCUGCGGCAAUCUCAAGCCACGACUUGUCUUCCAUCAUCCUCCCCCCUACUGCUAGAGAGGUCAAGAAGGACAGCCCCCCAGCAAGCCCAGCGACGGUCGAUCCUCCCAAGGAACUCCCGCUGGCCAGUGAUGAGAAGUCGCAGACUGAGACGACAACAACAGCAAUUGAUGUUUCCGAAGUUCCGGAAACCCUUGCUCUAGAGCCCGAGGUCUCGACACCACCCGCUGAGGAGCCAGUAUCUACCACAGAAGUCCAGGAACCACCGAAGCCGGUCGUUCGUACAAGGGUUGGAUUCUCUGAUACUCUCGAAUACAUCCCGAGACCUGUGUCGCUUGUCUCUAGCGACACCUCCAGCACGAUCACCGCUCGUCCCGGCCAUUCCGUUUCGGGUAGUAUUUCGUCAGUCAUCUCCAUCACAAACGUGGAGCUGGGCUUGAACACUCCUUUGGCCUUCAACUCAUCGCCCGAGAUCAAUGACCGCCCAAGCACAGCUGGAGCCGUCCUUGAACGUACCGAAACAGCUUACACGUCGGCGACCCCCAGCCCCACCAAGGCCACCAAAAAAUGGUCUUUCUUCGGCAAGGACACCUCGGCUUCAUCUCCCACCAGGUGUUCGGAAUCGCCCAAGCUGUCGGCAUCGGCAAAGUCCACGCCGCAGCGCUCCCCGUGUCUCCCGCCUCAGGAACUGCCCGAAGAGCUGACGGAGAUGAAACCGCUCACGAAGAAGAGGAGCAAGAAAAAGAAGAAGGUCAAGACCUGGGCCGGGUCCAUUCUGUCUCGGAAGCAAAGCAAAAAAUCGCGAAAUGGCAAGGGCCUGAGGCGGACACCUACUCCUACCUCUCGACGUUCCUAUAGUGUGAACGAGCCAGCUGAUAUGGUCGUCGAGCCAGAGGCGGUUAUGCCUACAGUUCUGGUGACUGAGGAAAUCGACCCCACUGCGAAGGACUGGGAUUCAUACAAGCCAGCAUCCCUUCCUGACGAAGAGACUUCAUACCAAAUGAUCGAUUUGGACGCGGCAUUGGGACCAUUCAAUACGCCUCUCCCUCGCAACCCGGAAUGGGAGGCCGCGCAGAGAGCAGGCGGUACCGUUAAGAAACAGUUGCACAGCGCUGCGGGUCUGAGGGGCUUCACCGGUCCUGGAAUGCACUAUCACAGACGUGCUGAGAGUGCACCCGAACUGGUACCUUUUGAAGGUGGCCGGUUUGGGUUCCCCCGGUUCGGUAGCAGCUCUACCAUGGCCGACGUGUUCGAGGAGGACGAAGAGGAAGAUGAGGACGAGUCACCCAAGUCUACUGGACAGUCAACCCCUGUUAUGGAGACCCCUCUGGCCGAAACCUUCGAAGAGUUGAAGGCUUCCGCAAAGGGUAAGGAUGUCGCGAAGCCCACUGCUGACGAGCAGCGGGACAUGGCAACCGUAUCCGUUGCUCUACCUUCAGGAGUAAACACCGACGAGGAUGGCAACGCCUCUGUGAAGUCUUCAAUUCAUACAGGGUCUCUGGCCAGCCAGUCUCAGGAUGCGCUUCAGCAAGAGACAUCCGUCACUGAUUCUCCCCGUCCUAGCUUUAGUGGAUAUCAGAACGAGCUACAGGCUAGACACAGCUUUUCGGGGUCUGCGACUCCUUCUCCCAGGCAGACCUUCCGUCCCAAGGACCUUGCUGCAGUUGACUGCAGUCCUUUGACCUUGCCUGCUGCUGCGUCAUGCGCGCCGGUCAGCCCUCACUCGAUGACCCCGUCGUCGGCCUUCCCAUCUCCCAGGUCUCCCUUGUCCUACGAUGCUCAUCGCAUCUCGACAGCGCCUUCAUCCAUCACCGAGGACAAUUUCCAAUCACUGCUCAUGGGCGAACCUGGACCGGAGGUACGAAUCUCGGUGGACGAUGUCCCAUCAUUGACCAGCGGCGACUCGUCGAUGACUCGUGAGAGCUUCUUUGCACAAAACCCCCAGGCUAGGCAGCUAUCCUCCAACACGCUGCCUAGGCCUGCCUCGUUCAGUGCCUCUGCCUUUGGUCGAAGGCGAUCGAGUCUUGCUAGCCUCAGCCGUCUUGUUAGUAGCUCGCACGGUGAGCGCAGCAAGCUCUCAAUGGAAGUUUCGGCGAAUGAUGACGGAUCGGAGAAGAAAGUCAAACCCAGCAAGACAAAGCGGCUCGGCCGGUUUGUGCAGUUCUGGAAAUCCAAGGAGAAUAGCGAGGCUUAA